AUGGAUGGUUUUGAAAGUUUGUGGAAAGACGUGGUGACCAAGUUCCUGCAGCGUCUGCGAGCGAGGAUCGACUCGACCCCGUUGCCCCUGCCCCCUCCGGCACCCCCACCAGCCUCCCCGCCCAAGCCGGAGGCCAGCGGCGGCCCCAAGCGCUACUGCUGCGCGUUCUGCCCGUACGCGACGGACCGCCGCGACUUGUUCACCCGCCACGAGAGCAUCCACCGCGAGGAGAAGCCAUUCCAGUGCUACGUGUGCCAGAAGCAGUUCAAUCGCGCGGACCACGUCAAGAAGCACUUCCUGCGCAUGCACCGCGACUACCCGUACGACCUGAACCGCAUCCGGCGCCAGCCGUCCAAGAACGGUGGCGGCGCAUCGUACUACCACAAGUACGGCAAUGGCUCCCCGUCGCCCGGGGGCAGCAACCAGCAGGGCCACCAGAUGCCGGGCGCUCCCCCGCACGCGAUACACCCCUCGCCGCACCUCCACCCCGGCCUCAACAUCCCCGGGGGCUUCGGGACCACGGACGUACGAACAGGGCCCGGUGGCAAGUCCCGCUCCCCGGCGGGCUGCAACGCACGGUCCCACGGCGGCAAGGGCAAGCGCAAGGGGGAGAAGCGCUAUGCGUGCUGCUACUGCGCGUGGUCGGGCGUCGACAACUGGUGCCUCAAGCGCCACCUCAACACGCACCUCAAGCCGUUCGUGUGUGGGCUGUGCGACUAUAAGGCUGCGCGGUCCGAGCGGCUGGCCACGCACGUGCUCAAGGUGCACAACAAGCGGGCGUGCGGGCGGUGUGCGUACCUGGCAGAUGACCAGGCCCAGCUCACCAUACACCUGCAGGAGCACCACCCGCUGGAGCACAGAAAUAACCGCUCUUCAAACAACAUCUUGAGGAACGUUGGUUUUCCCGGCCACCCGCCGGCCAUGCCGACUUCUUUUGGGUACCAGACCCCCGCCAUGGUGAAGCGGGAGCAGUACGAGUCAUCCUAUCACCAGGAGGGGCGCGCGGGCCGGCAACACUGGGGGGCCGCAAGGCUCUUCCACUACAUGGAGGCCUCAGACACGUCCAGCCAGGAGGACGAUGAGGAUGAAGGAGGGGGCACGGACGAGGCGGAGCUGCCAGAGUUCGUAUGCCGCGAGUGUGGCUGCGAGUUCGUGGACGACACAUCGCUGGAGACGCAUGCCGCGACACACCGACUCGCUGCCCACGGGGCAGGACGGCCAUACGUGUGCAGCGUCUGCGGCUGGGGCAUGGCCUCGCAGGCCGCCAUGAUGGACCACAUGCGCGGCCACUCGGGAACGGUGGCCCGCUGCCGUGUGGACGGCUGCAUGUUCGCCACGACGCUGGGUGAGGACGCAGUACGAGAACACGCGGCGGCGGCACACGGACGGGGGCCGUACCACGCUGCAUCCAAGAGGCCGCGCAAGCAGAGCCAGCCUCGCAGGGUCCCGCCCGACUCCGCGGAUGGUCAGGGCCUCUGCGCGGUGCGCAGCCAGCGGUCCCGGCUUGCCUCGAAGCACGCCCAGCGGCUGCUCACACGGAGGCGUCUCUGCUGCGAGUGGUGCUGGCAGGAUGCCUUCCCGCACCACACUGUCUCCAGUCUGGCAUUCCACCGCCUGUGGCGACACCGUGCGGCACGGUUCCGCUGCGAGCACUGCGGCGAAGGCUUCCGACACCGCUACCAAGCCGUGCUCCACUCGAGCCGCCAGCACGUCCGGCAGCGGCCGAACACAGUGCCUGAACACGACGAGGAGCCGAGCAUCACUACAGUACCUGCACCGACGGAAACUUCGCUUUCGAGAAUAAACGUACCUGAUUUACUACUGCACACCCCCGAGCCCGUACGCACGCCUCCCUCGCACCUCGACGUGCCGACACUCUGCGGCACCACCCCUGACCUGCCCUCGUCCCUGCCUUCUUCACUCCCCUCCGUCGCCCCUUCGUGAAGAACCACUCGUCUUAUUUCUAUUCCUACAAUUUGUACAGUGCUGUGUUUUUUCUAUUGAUGGUAGAUGUUGCAAGACAAACUUUGUAAGACAUGUUGUGUUCUGUGAAAUAACCAUGUUUUAUACAUUGUAUUUACCAAGGCUGACAUCUGCGAGAAGCAGCUCCCUACUGAUCUCCAUAUCACUGUGUGAUUAAUUUUGCCAUGCAUAUUAUGAACAGCAUCUCUCAGUUUUUUUCUAAAAACUUGAAGUAUGCAAGCAAAAAAAACAAACUAAUUCUGAACAUCUGUGUUCCCACAGUAAAUAUUUUCUUUCCAAAGCUGUAGAAUAAAAUAAACUGACAAUCACAGGCUUUCAGACACUGAAGUGUGAUUUUAUCCCAAAGUUUAAUGGCAGUGAUGAGUUAAAACCAUAUGAAUUAGAAUUAGAAUUUUUCCACUUCAUAAUGUAACUAAUAAAAAAAGUUAAUGACAGGCCAACAUAACUGAAUAAAAACUUACAGGUUUGGCACAGGCGUAGGAAUUUCACAGAGACCCUAAUAAACAAACUUCCAUAGAAGACACUUCUGGCACAUUCCUAUAAACAUGGUUAAGGACUAUAUAAACUCAUUCAUGAAAUAGGCAUGAAAGUAAAACAUACAAUGAUCCACAAAUGGUGACUGGUCAAAUAUUUUUGGACAAAAUAAUAAAAAGUAAAAAAUCUAUAGUGCAUAAUUAUAAAUAGAUGCUUAAGAAAAUGCACCUCGAAAAUUAUAAUAUGCUCCAAACCAUUUGGGUACUGACUCUGAAAUAUUAGUCAUUCCUGUGUGUUAGGGUUGAACCUAAGACCCUCACCAAAUUAAGGGGUCUGCCUAGUCAGUGGUGAAUCUGUGUCAGUGGGGCAGGAUGACAGUGCUGAUGCUCCUAGCACGGUCUUCUCGUGCAUAGGGCAACUGUAAGAUUUGAGCAGAAACCAUCACCAUAUGGCAUAGAAAUGAAGAUAAAGGUGAUAUGCAAGUCCCUUGAAUGCUUUCAAGAAUCUAUACCAAACAUUUUGUGUCUAAUAAUUACACUGAAAACACAUGAUUUAGCCAUUUUAACUUUUCUAUAAAUAAUUUUAAAAAAAUUAAAAUACGGACACAGAGCUAAUCAUCUGCCCUCAGCGUAUUCUUAAAUGCUUUUCGUAAAUUGACCCCACUCAGAUAUCUUGAGCAGUUUUCAAAUUUUCUUAAGGGCCCAACCUACCCAGGCACACAUAUUGUGUACAGAGCUUCAGAAAAAAACCAUAAGAUUGGAAAACUGCUCAACAUAUCCGAAAGGUGUCACUUUAUAAAAAGCAUUUAGAAUUCUCUGUGGGCGAAUGAGUAGUUCUGUUUCUGUAUUUAAUUUUUAAACUAUAUUUUUAAAACAAAUUUUUAUUAAUAAUAUUUAGGCAAGAAACACCCAGUAAAAAUUAUUAAAACCAUUCAAGGUUUACACCUUUAUCUUCAUUUCUCUGCCAUAUGUCAUUGUUACCGCUCAGUACCAUAGUUUCCCUACAAAGAGAAUGCGCACUGAUUCAAAGUCUUGCACUUAGAGGUUAUACCGUGCUAGAAGCACCAGCAAGCGUCGUGCUUACCAUCCAGCCUCACCAACACAAAUAUAUCCCUGGCUAGGGAGGCCCCCUUAAGUAUGAUGCCUUGGCACUCAAGGUCACCAAAGACUCGGAAGGAAUAGAAACAGAAGUAACUAGGCCUGUGCAAAUAAUAGAUUUUUCAUGUGAAGUGAAUAUCAAAUUGAAUCUUUAAAAUUUUUUAGGAAGAAUAGAAUUGCAAAUAUUUUUUCUUAGCAUGGCUGUAUUACAUUUACAUUAUAAAAUACUGAAAUGAAGUAAAAAAAUUAAUUAAUUAAAUUUGAAAUGUUUGUUCUUACUAUAAAACUAUUUGGGCCCUUUAUUUAACACCAUUCAAUAGAAAUGAUAUAAUAAUCACACAUUAAAAUUAUUUUGUACAUUGAUAUAAGCAGACCUGAGUUUCGUCACAAAUGCAAAGCUUCACAUCAGACGUGAGGCUUCACAUCAAAUACAAAACUUGGUAUCAUAUUCGAAAAAGCUUUGCACAGGCCUAAAAAUAAUAACACAAGCCCAAACAGAGGAUGAGACAAAAACAAAGAUUUAAGAAAUUAGAUAAUCAACACAAGAAGUCAAGUCUUGUGUUUAUCUUUUUACCUUCAUAUUUAGUUUUAAUCUAAUCUGAAUAUGAAUUGGAUUACUUUUUUAUUUUCUUCCUCAAAGCAUUUUUUAAUGACAUUACCAUUUUUUUUUUGUUGCUGUUUUAUUCACAAUUAUUUAUUUUCCUAAUCAAUAUUACCAAGUAAUGUACAUUUGGGUUUUGUGUUUGUGUACAUUCCGGCAUUUUUUAAUGGCUAUUUGAGUCUAACAUUCCCUAUUGAAAUAUUGCAUAUGCAGUUUUUGUUCUGUCCUGUGUAUUUUAAAUAUAAUUGUACUACUCUUAUUCAAUAUUGCCAUUCACUUGCAUAGGCUUUGGAAUACUUCCAUUUAAAUUCACAUGGUUUGUGCUGAAACAUUCUACUUCAAACAAAGAUUAAAUAGUAAAAAAAAUAUUUAAAGAGUAACUUUGUCAGUCAUGUGAUGUCAGUAAAGCCAUUAAUUUUUGGCAUUUAUAAUUAAAUUUUAUUUACACUUGGAUUAAUUCUGGUUUGCUCUGUACCCACCUCACUGUAACAGUGCCAAAUGUAGUCUUGCAUCAGAGAAAAACAGGAAUUACCAGGAAUCAUCAGGGGAUUUUUAAAUUCUGGAGAAAUCAUGAAAUAGUCAGGAAAAUAUUUGUUAGGUCAGGGAAAUAAAAUAAAAUGGUUAGACAAAGGUUCAUCCUGUACCGCUAAUCCAUAAAAUGUCUCAGGGCACUUUGUAGGGUGAAGUCUAUGUUUGUUGCUAUGAUAGUGUAUCAGUGGGGGAUGUAAGAUACAUCCCUGUGUGCUUAUUUUCCAGAAUUUUUGUUAUUGUGUAAACUGUUUUCUCACGAGAUUGAAGAAAAGGUGAGUACAUUGUGACUAUGGCGGUGUUUGGAAGUAGCGUAGCAGUUUAUAUCGGUUGUCUUCUAUGGAAAUAUUAAAUUUUUUGGUGUUCAUAGUGCCUACAAUAAUACGGGUAUAACCACCAUCUCUGUAGUAUAAUCUAACAUACGGGAUUUAAUAUCUACCUAAUACCCAAAAUAACAAAGCAAACUUACAUCUUUCUCUUUCAAUGUAUGAUCUCUAUUUGUGUCCAUCCACUAUCCAAGAAUCUUUCAUAUGUGUACAUUAGUAUCAUAUCCAAUUGUAGUGGCUCACAGCAAUAACAAACUGACAAUCAUCUCUGUGCAUGGAUGUUUUUUAAACAGCAAGCUUUUCAUUUUUUUUCUUUACAUGUAUGAAAUGUUUAAUUUAUGGACACAUACGUAAUUGCAAACUGGAAUCAUACAACUAUUAUUUGUGAUGUUGGCACCAACCGAACAUCACCUCAAACUGUCCUAAUUAUUAAAAGAUUUGAUUAGUCACAAAAAUUUAUUUUAAAAAAUGCUAUGAAUGGAACAUUGAUGUAGAUUGUGUUUGUUAAAUAUUUAUUAUAUGCCCUUCAACAUGAUAAAAAUGGGCAUUUUUCACACUGCUGUAUCUUAAAACAUUGCAACUGAAUAUAUAACAAUAAAAUUACGGAGUUCUUGUGUUACAUCUCGUAGUUGUACGUGGCGCUAGGCAGUAUUGAAAAAAAUAUUGUUUCGAAUAUUUAUUUUUACUAACUUUAGUUUUUAUUUUGAAAUAAAGUAAUGUCUUCUUUAUAUUUCAUAAAAUACAUUAAUACAUUUUUCACUUCAUGCUUACAACUAUUUAAGGAAACUUCCUAAAGGUGCAAUUAAAAACAAGAACACUCUUAUGAAAAAAGAAGAUGAAUAGUUUGAAUUUUUAGAAAGCUGGGCAGGGGAAACAAAUUUUCUAUUUCAGAAAGGGGGAAAAAAAAAAAAAAAUUGUAGGGUUUACUACAGUAUAUAACAAAUAAAUCCAUGCAAUGAUAGAUGCUUAUCCAACUGUGCAAAAGAUUCUUCCAUACUGUUUUUCUCCCAAUUGAACAGGUACAAGUAUUUGGAUGAACAUGAUACGUCGGAUUUGCAGAUCCAAUCAACUCAUGUCAAAAUAAGAAAACUCAGCAGCACUCAAAUCAAAAAGUCAUAAUGGCCUGUAGGUAGACUUACCCAGUAAAUGGCAAAGUCUAAUUUGAGAAAUUGAGACAGUUGUUAGUAAUGAAAGCAUUCCUAAUAUUUUUAGAUACAGUGAUGUGGCUUUUUGAUUGUUAUUGAGUUUCACAGUUCGUUGGCAGCAAGGUCAUUAGAGAUCAAAAAACAGAACGACAGCAGUAGUACCACAGAAGGAAGAAAUGAUGAACCUGUUUUGAUGUUUGAUAGUGUUUUACAUAGGGACACACCAAACAAAUAAUCAAAUACCGUAAAAUCUUUCAUUUUUAACAACAUUUAGUUUUUGAGUGAAAAGAUUUAGAGAAAAAGAAUGGAGGAAAUGCAGUAAAUUAAAAAAUUUAAACUGGCAUCUCUGAAGACCUAAUAUCAUUCCCGAAUAUAUUUUGUUCUUUAAAUAUGUAAUUAUGUAAAUUAAAUUACAACAUUUAUUGAAUCAGAAAAGUUAGUUAAAAUGAAAUUAUUAAAGGUUAAAUGUUUGAACACCAUAGUAAAUAUCUUGGAUAGCUUCAACAUUAUUUUAUUUCUGACCUUGGAUACAUAUAUCCAAUUCGAGAUAUGGAUUCAAUAAAAUUGGGAAGUGACCCAUCACUAGUUUGAUGUUGCAUGGUUCCACACAUAAGCUUGAGGCGACGGAACUGCCGAAUGGGCUUCGAACCACUGUUGAGUCAUGCAGGGGAGCUGGGAUCGAAUCUAUAACUCUUCACAUGAUCAUGAUGUGUGAGCAACAAGACCACUGAGACCUCUGUAAAGCAGUACUGCAUAACCAUCAUACCGCGACCAGAGCUCAGUCAUUCCUUAGAAUGGAUCCUGAAUAUGCCAGAAGUAAACGUAAAACUUUGUACAACGAACCCAACAUUUGUUCUUAUUACAGUCCUCUUCAAAGCACUGCAAUGUUUUUCCCACCAAAUAUCUUUAAAAGAUAUGUGUUUAUUUGAGUAGGUAGUUUACUAUUUAUUUUAAUAAGCUCAUUAAAGAACACUAAAGAAGUAACAAAUAAUUAAACCCUAACUAGGAAAAAUAGUUUUAAAAAGCAGAAAAUUUGAUAAAAAUUACAUUCUGGACACAUAAUUUUAAAGACUGGAUGAAAAUUUGAAGCUACAGCUACACAUACUGAAGCAUUUUGUUCAUAAUGUGCAUUGCAAGUAUGUUUCUGUUUGUAAAAAAAAAACAGAGUGAUUUAUUUUUAAGUAUGUGACGUUCCAGUUCAGUGUUCUUGAAUCUAUGACAUGUGCCAUUUGUUGCCAGAUCUCAGCAGAAAAUUUUUUCAUACUUCAGCUGAAAAACUCACAGAAAUAAUGAAUAUAGUAUUUUUUAAUAUAAUGUAGUGGAAUAUAACUUACUACAAAAAUUUAAUAAGUACCCUUACAUGAAAACAUUGAUUUGUGAAAUCGUACUUUCUUUCAGUAUGAGAGAAUCAUUAUAACUUCUUUACUCAGUAUUUGUAAUCAAACACCAAAGAAUUUAGACAUAAAAUGCUUUUAAUAUUUGUUUACAACUUGUUUUUUAUACAAAGUAGUUUUCUAUUUUAUACUGUUGUGUUUUUAAAAUCCAUUGCGUAGUUACAAAUAUGUUUUUACGUUGUGUUUACAAAAUGUGUUCUGUUUUGUUAAGGUCUUGUACCCAGUUUCAUGAAGUUUUAUUAUUCAUUAAAAAAUAUAUCCAUAGCUGUUUUAUUUGUGUAUGAUAAUAAAAUACAUACUCAAAUGCAUUUAUUUUUACUUGCAUAUUGGAAUAAUAGAAAAAAAUCCUUUUCGGCACAGCCUACAGGUGUAGGUAGAUUUUGAAGUAUGUACCUAUUUCUUUUGGAAAUGUUUUAGAAACUUCUAUUAACUCCUGUAACAUUUUAAGAACUUAAUGCACAUAACAUCCUAUA